UAAGUUGCUUAGCAGACCUGCGCAGCUUGUCGGUGGACACCGUGUCACGCUUGGCGUUCCAGUUAAAGUCACACCACGGUGCGGUUUACUUGAAACUUGACUAUUUUCAAGAAUAGUUUAUACCUGUUAUUUUUUGUUAAAAACCCUUACCUUCAAAAAUGUCAUUAAUCAUUCAAUUUUCAUAAAAUUUAAAAAUUAAAUUUAAAAAAUUAACUUUAUAUUUCUCGGGCGUUGUCACUCUCUCUCUCUCUCUUCAUCAGUGAUUUGUUUAUGCAGAGUGUAUAUAUGAUUUUUAUUUCAUUCAGAAUUCCUCGACAGUGUGGUAUCAAAGUGUUCUCCGGUUCCAGUUUCACGAAAUUGAAAACCACUGUCUUGUGGAGUGGCCAAAACAUAGACAAUAGUAUACACGUGGUUUUGGAGUAACAAUCCUUGAGAAAUUGUUUUUAACAUUUUAUAAAAGACAGAAAAUUUGAGGACUUUAACGAAUAAAUUGUAAAACUGGAAGAUAUACCGCGGAAACCAAAAAAAGUCAGAAUGGCAGAAGAAGGAGUGCAAAGUUCUACGGAUUCAGAUUUUAUAGGGACAUAUCCAAUUUUGGCAAAAGUGGCGCAAGUGAUUUUUGCCAUUUUCUCCGUGGGAUUAAUAGUCGAUCCAUUUAAUUCAUUUCACAAAACUGCGUUUGGUCACAGAUCAGCAAAAUUGGAUGACAUAGCUUUCAUUUACAUCACACUUGGAUCAUUUUUAAUAAUUAAUACAAUUUUCAUUAUUUUCCAUGCUAUUUUGGGAGAGAGAAUUCCAAGAAGAUUGGCAAUGAUGUUCACAACAGUGGGAUGUCUUUUUCAUAUUAUUGCUGCGAGUCUAAUUAUUCACAAUUGGCGAAAAAUGCAAGGAGGAUUAAUUUCGACAUACAACAAUGAAUCAUAUGGCAGCAAACAAUAUUUAGAUAUGUUAAUAUCAGGAGGAGUUUUCACUUUCAUUACGUUUGCCGCUUUUGUUGCUGACGCAUAUUUCACCAUUCGAUACUAGUAACAAAAUUUUGAUAACAAAAAAAUUCAAGACUGUAGAGUAUUUUGCUCUCUCCUUAAAAAGAAACAAAACAAAUUCCAAAUUUGGAAUGGAUGCAGUGAAGAGUAAAUAAUAAUUAUUUAGUUUCAUAAGAAACAUUACGAUUUUUAAUAGAGUUUAACAAGCUUUUUCUUUAAAAGAUAAAAUUUAAACUGUUAUUUACUGAAAUAUAAUUUUUUGAUGAUUUAAAAUAUGCAUGCACAAGUUUCAAAGAGAAAAAUUUAUUUAUGUACAGUAGCUUCUAAUAUUUAGUGCUCUUAAAUAAAUUUAUCGUAUAUAAGAGUGUAUAAAAAGCGUUAAAAGCAGUGUAAACAAUUAAGAUAUAAGAAAUUAAUGCUUCAUUCAUCUUCACUGCAUCCAAAUUUGCCAAUCAGAAUCUCAAUGCCUUACUAGUUAGUAAAAUAUUUUUGCUGAUACUUAAAGUCUCAGUUUGCUUUUUAUUAACGAUUAAAACGCACAUGGAGGAUACCACGAGUAUAUCGCCUUUGAAGUACAAAAGACAAAUUAUCAUUGCAAUUGUACAUAUACAAUGUCAAUCGUAGAACGUGAAAUUUAGAGAAAAUAUAACGUAAUUAAUAUUAUUUAUAUAAAUAAUAUUAUUAAUUGAAGGACAAUUAUCCGAUAUUAUGAUAUAAUAUUAUUUGAUAAUACAUAUAAUAAAAUAAAAAAAUUAUGAAUUCCUCAAUUUCACGACUACUACAGUACAUGCCACCAAAUUUGCUUCCAAAAGAAGUGAAAUUUUGGUGUAAAAUAUAUUUUCAAACGUACAAUGCUGUAAUCCAAAGUUUAUAAGCUUGUAGAUUUCAUGUAAUGUCACUUCGUAUAUCAAUAAGUAUCAGGCACUCCGUCCUAUUUUUAUAUAUUAUAUAUAAUUUUUGUAAGAUUUUUAUCUUUUUAUAUUACAAGAUAAUAAUAUCUUUACUUGAGAAUCGCAAUCCGUCCAAUUGAGAUUAGAAUACGACAGUUUACUGUCUAUAGAUAUAUAUAUAUAUAUUAUUUUAUAUAUUAAAAAGUAAUUGUGCAUAAUUACUAUAAAUUUUCUGUAAGUACUGAAUUUGUAUUUUAAAUAUUUUUAUUAAAUCUACUUUAGAUUUCUAUAUGAUUAAAAUGCAUUUUAGAUUUCUAUUUGAUUAAAUGUA